AUGGCUGACUUUGGAGAUUAUCCGCCAAACAUGGCACCACAAAACGCAGUCGCAGUCAGGAACGCAGCCGGACCAGAUCAUGCUGUUGUCCCAUAUGCAGCCCAAGAUCUUUCUCGACCAAAUCAAGGUCCCUCCAAUCCAUUUAAAGACGAGAAAGCGAAUCUUAAGCGAAAAAAUGUCCUCACUGGAUAUGCGGAAGAAACGUAUAUUAGUGAACACACAUUUCGAAGUCGGCAUCGCGCAGUGGAGAGAGGUCCGAACAGAGAAUACAGAGGAGGAUUGGCAGAGAAAGAAGAGGCCGCUAGGAUACGAGCGAAGAGACAGAAGAAAGGCGAUGCGACGGUUGCAGAAGGAGAUAAUGCGUAUGUGGGACCUUGGGCAAAAUACAAGACCGUGGAAUAUGAGGAGGUAGGGGAGGAUGAGGAAUUGGCUAGCGAUGAGGAAUACGAGGAGGUUGAGGAGGAGGAUGUGGUCGAGAGUGGAACUCUGAUACCGGCAUUACCGCAAGCCGUUGCGAAGAGGAAAGAAGCAGAGGAGAUGGGCGAUGAGACGAGUGUUUUUGAAGGUUCACAGCAGUACGAUUAUCAAGGAAGGACUUAUAUGCAUGUUCCUCAGGAUCUGGAUAUCGAUUUGAAGAAGGAGGUUGGAAGUGUGAAGAACUUUGUUCCAAAGAAGUUGGCACAUACUUGGAAGAGCCAUACGAAACCCAUUGCUGGAUUGCGCUUCUUUCCUGGGUCAGGUCAUUUACUGUUAUCUGGGAGUGCGGACUCGACGGUCAAGAUUUGGGAUGUGUAUCAUUCGAGAGAGUUAUUGCGGACAUACUCAGGUCAUACCAAGGCGUUGUCGGAUGUCACGUUCAACGCCUCUGGCUCGCAAUUCCUCACAGCUUCUUACGACCGUAUGAUGAAGCUAUGGGAUACGGAAACUGGACAAUGCAUUAACCGUUUCACGACUGGAAAAACGCCACAUGUUGUACGUUUUAAUCCAUCAGUUGAGCAUUCAAACGAGUUUUUGGCUGGUAUGUCGGACAAGAAGAUUAUUCAGUUCGAUAUACGGACACGGGAAAUCGUCCAAGAAUAUGAUCACCAUCUUGCAGCCAUCAACACCAUCACUUUCGUGGACGACAACCGUCGAUUUAUGACUACCUCGGACGACAAGUCCCUUCGAGCAUGGGACUACAAUAUUCCAGUACCCAUCAAGUACAUUGCGGAACCACACAUGUACCCAAUGACCCGGGCCUCAGCACAUCCAUCAGGAAAGUACGUCGCCUAUCAAAGUUCCGAUAACAACAUCUUCGUCUAUGGAGCCAACGAUAAAUUCCGGCAAAAUCGCAAGAAGGUUUUCAAGGGACAUAAUAAUGCCGGGUAUGCAAUCGAUGUUGCAUGCAGUCCGGAUGGACAGUUCGUGGCCAGCGGAGAUACAGGGGGCUAUGUGUGCUUCUGGGACUGGAAGACGUGCAAGAUGUGGCAUAAGAUGCAGGCCAGUGAUGGAGUGCUUACGUGUGUGGAAUGGCAUCCGCAGGAGAGUAGUAAGGUGGUGACGGCGGGAUUGGAUGGAAGUAUUAAAUAUUGGGAUUAA